AUGACUACCCUACACGAGGCCCUCCAGUGCCUCAAACCGACAUCAUGGGAGGAAGUUCCCCAAUCCCCCGAUGGGCUACGAGAAUACGUACGCGACAUCUUCAGAGAAGGUCGUUUAGUCGCAGAGUCUCUCCCGGAUCCUCCGCCGUACGAGCACGAAGAACAAUAUAUCGUGGAAUCAGAGACCGCAGCAUCCGGGCGGCGAGUCAUUCCAUCAUCAGUCCGAGUGAGGGAAACGGAUCCUGAUAUUACAUCGCUGCAGAAACAGUGGGGGAAGCCCAUUAAAAUGGGCGGGGCGAAAGAUAAUCCGCUCGGUGUACACGUGUGGAAGUUGAAUGCGAACGAUCAUGGUGGGCAGUGGUUUGGGAGACGCAGUGUGCACGAGGGUCUGCCUUUUUCACAAUGGCAGAAGAAGCUUUCCUCCGAGUACGAUGAGACACUGAAGGUGAAUCGGAAAAAGAUCGAGAAGGGACGAACACCUGACCAUAGUAUUCGUGGUAUCGGUGCUGAAGAGAAGGUUGAGAACGUGGAGGUUAUGGAUGAGGAUGGCUCGGUUAUGGGCCAGGUUACGCUAUAUCAUGUCUCUGCACAGUUUCCCAAGCCGACUGCCCCUCGGGACUUCGUAACUUUGAUUAUCACGUCUGAGCAUGGGCUGCGCAUAGGCGGCACGAAACACCCGGGUCGGAGCUGGAUGAUGGUGUCCAAGCCUUGCGAGCAUCCUGGUAUUCCGCCGAAGACUGGUUACACUCGAGGAGAGUAUGAGUCUGUCGAACUUAUUCGGGAGAUUCCCAAGAGAGGUACUGAGAGCUCAUCUGCCUCCGUCAGCUCUGGGAAGAAAUCACAGAAGCAGAGCCCUGACGAGCCCAAGACCCAGAGUCCAGAUGCAGUUGCUGCUUUGGACGAGGAGGAUAUGAACCCCGUCGAAUGGAUCAUGGUUACCCGAAGCGAUCCUGGAGGCAACAUUCCCAAAUGGAUGGUUAACAAGGGCACUCCCGGAAGCGUUGGGGCAGAUGCAGCCAAAUUUGUCAAAUGGGCUAUCAAGGAUGAGAAUACUCCGAACAAGAAUAGUAGCCAGAGUGGCGGCGCUUCAUCCCAUAAUUCUGAGCCAAACUCGGGCGAACCGGACGACGAUCAGCAUUCUGAAGAUGAAGAUACCGACUUGACGGACACAGACGACCGAUCUCAUCAUGGCUUGAUUGCCAGCGUGACAGGUUUGCUCAACACUGGCCUCGAACGAUAUGCUCCUCAAGCAUUCCUCGACUAUAUCCCGCACUACCACCACGACAUACCAGGCUCUUUCCCACAAGCACAUGAUGAUGAUUCCGCAUCCCAAAGCACUGAAGCUUCCAGCGACAAGCAUGGCCGAAGCGCCGAGUACUUCGCAAACCAAGACCCAGACCAUGCCUCCCUUUCCUCUGUCCGCUCCGAAGGAGCCACACCAGCGAUGGAACUAGGACCGAAUAACCUCCCACCGAAAGAACUGAUGGAAAUGACAAAAGAUGGCAAGUUGAGUUCGCACGAGAAAGAACUCGCAAAGCUAGCCCUCCGCAAACGCGAAAUCGAUGCCAAAUUGGACACAAUCCGCUCCGAGCUAGACAAGCUCCACGUGCCAUCUCAAAGCGCUCUUGUAUCACUGUCGAAAAGCUCCCUCAACGAUGUCGAUAGCGAUACAAGUGGCAUGCUCAAACGCGCAGCUGAGAAUCGAUCCUCUACCCCAGUUAGCAGUCACCACGGUGGAGAUAGUAGUGAGGGCCAGUCAUCACAGACUCAAACGCCUGAGCCACCGGCGCAUGUUCACAAGGUUGCCUCGCAUCUCUUCCAUGAGGAGUCCAAGCUUCUGAAACAACUUCGCAAGGUCGAGGCUAGCCAGCUCAAGGUUGCGUCGAAGAUUGAGGCGAAGCAGAAGAAAGAGGCUGAGCGUUCAGAGAAGAUGAAAUUUAAGUCCGAGGUGGAGGGUUUGAGGAGUGAAGUCAAGACCUUGAAAACGGAGGUUGGCAAGUUGCGCGCAGAGAGACAAAAGUGGCUGGAUCUUGUUGCUACGUUGCAGGCCGAGAAUACGAAAUUGGCCGCGGCGAGUACGGAUAUUAGAUCUGGGAAAAUUUAA